CAGUCUUGGUAUUUUGUUAAUGUGUUACGUGAGUGAUGGUGCGAUAAACUGGGAUAGUUUACCUGUAAGGCUACUACUCUCAGUAGAACCCUUUUUCUCUAAGAGUGUAGCUCACAGGUAGCCAAUAAGAGCGACUCCACCUGGCGCCUGCGUAUUUCCUAUUGACAGGUUAGUGUGCAAAACCAGAGCGAUAGGCUUUACCUCAUUUAUGUACUUGAGCGUUCAGGAAUAGGAUCUAAUAACGACUUUAUUUGAGGAGGAAAAUUCUAACGAAACAUCAUACAGAGUGAGAGAUGGAUUCGCAGACGAAGGCUGAGCCGAUGCGCGUGCUCGUCACGGGUGGAUCCGGAUUGGUCGGGAAGGCCAUCGAGCACGUGGUGAAACAAGAAGGCGGCUGUCUCGAGGGCGAGCAGUGGACCUUCCUGUCCUCCAAAGAAGCCAACCUCGUAGAUCUACAACAGACAAGAGCAGUGUUUGAGAAGUAUCGGCCCACCCAUGUCAUCCACCUGGCUGCCAAGGUGGGAGGACUCUAUCUUCACAUGAAGGAGAACCUACACUUUCUGAGGGACAACCUUCGCAUCAAUGACAACGUGCUGCAGACGUCUCACGAAAGGGGCGUCACCAAGGUGGUGUCCUGUCUGUCCAGCUGCAUCUUUCCUGACAAGACCACAUACCCUAUCGAUGAGAGCAUGAUCCACAAUGGGCCUCCACAUGACUCAAACUUUGGCUACUCACAUGCCAAAAGAAUGAUUGAUAUUCAGAACAGGGGAUACUUUGCGCAGCAUGGGCGCCGCUACACCGCCGUAAUCCCGACUAACGUGUAUGGUCCCUAUGACAACUUCAACUUUGAAAAUGGUCAUGUGCUCUCGGCACUCAUGCAUAAGACAUAUGCUGCUAAAAAGGAGGGAACCCCGCUACAGGUGUGGGGCUCCGGAACACCCAGGAGACAAUUCAUCUACUCUCUGGAUGUAGCACGUCUGUUCCUCUGGGUGCUGCGGGAGUAUGAUGAGAUUGACCCCAUCAUUCUCUCUGUGGGGGAGGAGGAGGAGCUCCCCAUCAAGGACGCCGUAGAGAUGAUUGCAGAUGCCCUGGACUUCAAAGGUCAAAUAGUUUUCGACACCAGCAAGUCAGAUGGUCAGAUGAAGAAGACGGCCAGCAACGCCAAGCUGCGACGCUACCUCCCUGACUUCACCUUCACGCCGCUCUCUGAAGGUAUCAAGAAGACCUGUGAUUGGUUCGUGAACAACUACGACAUAGCCCGAAUAUGAAGAUCGAGACAUGAAUAUUGUUUAAUGAAAAAGACGAGGGCUACGUCCCAAUACUACUACUGUGCCAUCCUAGUCUUGUGUCCUUGCCUUCAUGUCAACUGAUAAGUGAAAGUUCUGGAUAGGUUUCACCAUAUGGCCGGUUAAGUUUUGUCAGAUCAGUGGGCAUGAAGUAAAGGCACACAGCACUCACAAUUUCUGCACUCACAAUACCCCACCUUGUUGUUCUCCCCAGAACUGUCUGGAAACCAUUUUGGAUCCUUUCUCCUCUAUUUGCACCGUUGAUGUCAGGGAUUGACAUUAAGGUUUGAAAGGGUCUUGCCCAUUGGACAGCAGUAUUUUUUGUUGGUUGCCUGAUGAUUACAGUCACUUGACAGAAAAUGUUAAAGUAGUUGUUUACAAGCAAAAGUGAUUGACGGACAAUUUAUGGCAACCAGACAAGUUGAACCUGCUCUUUGGUUGCCCCAUUAGGCAGGGGAUUAAAUUGUCACUUAAAUGGAUACUUUGGGAUUUUGGCAAUGAUGCCCAUUAUCUACUUCCCCAGAGUCUGUUGAACUCCUGGAUAUCAUUUUUAUGUCUCUAUGUCCAGUAUGAAGGAACUUAGAGAUAGUUUUGUGAGCCAAUGCUAACUAGCGUUAGCGCAAUGAUUGGAAGUUUAUGGGUGUCUGCUAGCAUGCUAGGAAGCAAAACAAUCCGUUUGGAUGCGUAACUUUUGCAGAGCAUGAGACCCUUCUACAACCUGGUUGUAAGCAUACCGGCUCUGGGAGACAACCGAGAGCAAUAGGGUAUAGUAUUGUCUGGCGUUCUGCUCGCCCUGACCAAAAGUUAUGCUUCCUGUGUAGCAGGACCAACUUUUUUUAAGUGUAGCCCCUAUGUUAGUCUACUGAAAUUCAGUUUAAAAAAAUCCCCUGCCUAAUGGGGCAACCACAGAGCAGGUUCAACUUGUCUGGUUGCCAUAAAUUGUCCGUCAAUCACUUAAACAAUGGGGAGGAACCAGAAAAAUCACCUGGGGGAACACCAGAGCAGGUUCAACUUGCCCGACUGCUCAGCUCAAUUGCUCCAGGCAAUAGGGCAACCCUUAAGGUCAAUCCCUGAUUAUGUCCGCCAUUACGUGUCCUUCCCUGAUGGUGGCUGAACUGGUCCAGCCACCUGAUCACCUACAGUAUGACUACCAGUUACUAUGAGCAAUACUGCAGGGUAAUGUGUUUACACUCAAAUACAUCACAUUAUUUUAAUUGUAAUAUCUAAAAUAUAUAGUUGAAGUGUAUGAUCUAUUUGUGAUUGAAUAUUGACAAAAAUAUGAAUGGGCUUUUUCUUGAUGUUAGAAUGAGGUGUCAGUCGUUGAGAGUGAUACUGUAUGACAUGUUUUCUCACUACAAAACAAGUAGAAGCCUACAGUAAAGUAGCCUCGAUCUAAACAUUGGAGCCAACUGUUUCUCAUCAUUCACUGGCCUCGGUCCAGACACGGCAGAUCAUAAUACUGGUUUGUGUUAAAAGAUAGACACCCCAUGUGAUUUAUCUGGGAUGAACAUAGAAUGGGCCAACCUAUGU